ACAUCAUCAAGCGCUACACAAGAGGAAACAUCUGUUUCUUCAGAAGAAAGCAGUACUCGUCAGCACCACGAGGUCGCAGCAUUGCCGUCAACACCAACUACAGACGUCGUUCCACGGCUCAUGGUGUCAGAGUCGGAAGAUGAAGAAACGGCACAACUGCCAAGUUUGUUGCUGUCAUUACACCAAGGUAAACAAUAGAUCAACGAUCCAUAUUGCAUAGCAUGAAACAAGCAUCCACGAUAUGCUAACACGAUUGAAACAGAGACCACAUCACGCAAACGCGCCUGUUCGUGUGAUGGCUCUACUGAUGACGUAUCUGAGAGCACCAGUGGCUCUUGCGUCGGUGCUCGUGGUCCUCGUGGCCCCCAUGCUCGUGGUGGUGGUGGUCGUGCUCGCGGUCGUGGUGGUCGUGGUGGUGGUGGCAACUAAUCAUAGCAGAAUGCUAAUCACACUUUUGACCUAUGAAUAAAAUACAGUUAUCUCCUAUCAAAUAAUUUUUUUCGUAUAUCAGUGGUCGCAAUUAAUUAAAAAUGAACACUUAUUUUGCGUGUAUACUGUACAAUGCAAAUAUGAUUUUUCAAAGUUUUAUAAUAUUUUUGCAUAUAUAAUAUGAAAGAAGGCCAAUGGAGAAAUGUGAAUAGCUAAUGAAGUAUCCAAUGAUGCUCCCAAACGGAUACAGCUAUACGUACAACGACCAAUAAGACACGAUGUAUGUACCCAAUCAUAAACACAGUUGAACGCAUUUCACGCUUCAGCUGACCAAUAAGACGAAUCAGAGAAACCA